UCCCUGGUAUUAGCUUUGCAAGAGCUGGGAAGUAUGUAGUGUAAGAAAGAACAACGCUUUGCCUUCAGUUAAACUUAUAUGCCAUUGCACUUCAGGGAAGUUUAUUAGGCUCAUACAAACCACCUGACAGCAUGCCUUCAGCUAAAAGCUGAAGCACUCUUCCCCUCCUGCAAGAGCAAAAGUACUUAACUAAAAUGUUGUAUUUUCUCUUUAUUCUUCAGGUGCACUAAAGCAACAUAAGUGAACAAUUCACAGCCUUCCUCUUCCUCCAGGGUAGUGUUCCUAGGCAUGCUCUUUGGGCAUAGUCAAGAUAAUAUACCUCCUUUUCUAGAAAAACAAACCUUGUUUUAUGAUAGUUAUCUAUACUAACCAAAUAAUACCCUAGUUGCUCUCACAGAAACACAUACAUGAAUUCUCUUUCUAUAUACCAACAGAAGCAUGCAACAUUUCUGUUCUUGUUUAAAUGCACUAUAGCCUUACCCCUCAAAAAUGAAUCAACUCAUCUAGAAAUCAGCAUUACAUUCAAACAGUUCCAUUUCAAAUUAUACAGCAAAGCACCAGUUUCUUUCAAGCUGUUUCCCAUUUCUACUAAAAUCAGAAUUAUAACUGCUAAGCUGAAAAGGCAGCCUUUUGUUCCCAGGACCAUACCCACUUGCUCUUGGAUAGAGAGCACCUGGUCACCUACAAGGGUUUUGGGUUGGCUUGAACUGCUCUGGAAACUAUACAGACUUAAAAUCAAGCACAUUAGCUCCAAUGAAAGGGCUCAAAAAUGAAUCCUCAGUUAUCUUUUACCACACUAUAUUCUAAGGAAAAAGAGCACUAGCUCCUUAACUACGCAACGGAAGUUUUUGCCUGUGGAGGUAUUAAGUUCCACAAUUCACCAUGUUAAAAGUUAUCCUUAUAUUUUAAGUAUUAAAACUCUUAAGAAUUCAAACCUACUUAGCAGCAAGGCCCAGUUCAGGUUGUUAUUCCUUCAUACUUAGGAUGAAAUUUAUGGAAAUGGUUUCAAGUAAUGAUCAAAGUAUUCCCAACAAUUAUAACUGAUAAAAGGUUAUUUAAGAGUUACACAGUUUAUUCAUUGCAAAUAUAGGUAUUAGGUAAAAGUUUUUCAGUUGCUCUUGAGAAUAAGGUUCAUGUUUUUGGAUCUCUACUGCCCUCCUUCUCAUACUUGGGUUCAGGACUGGCAAAAGAAAGAGAAUAUAGUCAACAUAAGUUUCAUACUGAAGAACUUAAAGUUGCUACUCAGUCUAACACCAACAUGGUCUCUCCUGUGCCCACAGUGCACCAUAGUUCUCUUUCACUACCUAGCUUGAGAAGGAGAAAAGUUUGCAUCUUGGGAUGACUGAAAGGAGCUUCCAUGUAAGAAAUGUAAAUUUAGCAUACAAUCUGCUUGUUAAAUUUAUGAAGUUUCUGGCAUGUCUCCUACCGAUACACUGGUAACUAGGCUGUCUUUAAUGGCAAAUGUCACCUGAAAGUUGGAAAACAAAGCAAGCCCACUGUUCUGUACCAUAGCCUAUCUAAAUUCCUACCUUACACUUCUGUUUUCUUCACUACUUGGGGAGUGCUGACAGGCCCUAAUAAAACAAAAGAUGCUGAUCCAGAGACCAAGCUCCUGGAAGCCAAGAGGGACACGUUUCCCUGUGUUGGGAACCCAGACAUAGCGUGAAUCUGGGGCCAGCCCAGGACAAAACAGAGCGUGCUGUGAAAAUGCAAGGGGCUUCUGCUACCUUACUGGUACUGGUAGGAUCCAGAAGCUCUGCCUGCUGUCGAAUGUUCUUAACAAGCCCUCCGAUAAAAAACAAGGUGAAGAUUAACCCAGAUAGAGUUUCUUAACCUAGCUUUGUUGCAACCUUAUCACAGUUAAUAGCUUCCUCAGUUUUACCAAUUCAGCUGAUAUCAGACACAUUUCAGAAGUGAUUUUCUUUCACUACUUGGAUCAUUUCACAAAUCUGAUUCAGAGCUUCACUGCACAAUGUUUGAAAUAAUCAAGCAGAAAGCCACAACAUGAGACAUGGAAAGAGGAAAGCUCUUAAAUCAUGUUUGCAGAAGAAAAAAGAAUGGAAUUGCAUCCCCAUAUAAAGCCAGUUUUCCAAAUCCACAGACAUUCUGAAGAUGCAACAUCUUACUUGGCCAGAGCACAGUUAAGAUGGUUAUAAAUGGCUUCAUGUUACAUUUUCUCCAACAGCAAAUCUGAUUUCACUAAAUUCCUCCUCAUCUUGCCAUCUCUGCAUAUUGCCCAUGCCUUUCUCAAUCCUACUGCUGGAAGUUUCUGUGGCUGCUGUGCAAAAUAGAUCCUACAAAUUAACCGUGUCAUUCAAGUCAAAGUCGAAUACAAGCAACAGCAGUUGCAAAUUUGUCGUCCUUCAUCAUAUAUUCCUUAUUUUCUCCUUUCUCAAUUAAAAAAAAAUAUAAAAUUCCUGAUUUCUCUUCAUGGGAUUUUUCUAGACCCUCAGUCAUUGCUACCAAUGUUCACUGAAGUUUUAAAAAUUUGUUAGCAUUCUGUUUUCAGAGUAAUAGAAGCAAAGUUUCCUUGGUAUCAUUUUCAAUUUCAGUCUUCCAACAAAAUCUGAUAAAACAGAACCUAGGAGAGAAUACAGAAGAGAAGGAAUGCACUUAAAGGCAAAAAUGAGAAGCAAGGCUGUCACCACAGGUCAGGAAGGAAUAGAGCUCAGCUUCUCCAUUUCUGUUACACCACCUCAGAUAAAAAGGGUUUGGGGCUUUUCCUUUUUGAAAAAUGUUACAGAUAUUAAAUAAUUUUUAAAGAGAGCAAUGUUAAUGCCAUAGGAAAAAGGGAAACUCUCACCUCAUUCCCUACACAAUUUCAUUAUACAUAAAACCAAGCACAGCAACAGAUCUAUGCACUGUUUUUACUUUUCUGUUGAUUUUGUUAUCUUACAAGCAGACCAAGUUUCCAAGGAUUUAAAUACACAUCAGAUUGCAUUUCCAGGAAUACUGUCGUGAAGAACAAAUAUUCCACCCAAUAUAUAAAGCAUUUCAGAAAGCAGCUGUUUGGUGAAGCCACAAAACUAACCAGGUUUGACACCCUGCCUUAGCGAGAUAAUCAUGUUUCUCAGAAGUACUCUGCUGGCAACUACUCUUUUCAGCAUCCUCUGGACAGAAACUACUUUGGCUGGCUCCAGUUUUUUAAGCCCUGAAUAUAAGAAACUAAAGCAACAACAGGAUCCAAAACAAACCACAGCACAAUUACAUCGUCGAGGUACAGAAGGCUUUUGGGAUACAGAUGAAGCAGGGGCAGUUGAUGACAGAAACAACAUUGAAAUUAAGUUUAAUGUUCCCUUUGAAAUCAGUGUCAAGAUAACAGAAGAAGAGUAUCAAGAAUAUGGACAAGCACUGGAGAAGAUGCUAAGGGACAUGCUUGAAGAGAAUGCUAAAGAAACUCAGAUGAAAAACUGAGGCAAGAAGAAGGACAAAGACAGCACUAGCUGGCCUGAUUUGUUUUAAAUUUUAAUUUAAAAUGAAAUUAUUAUUGAUUUCACAACUCUAAAGAAGUAUGUAAACCUGAACAGUUGGACCUGACAGACUUUGGAAUGGAUUUUCUUUUAAGGAAAAAUACAAGACCUAGAGCCAAAAAUAAUACAGGACAAGGUUCAUCACAGGCUGACGUAGGCUUAUUUUAUUUUAUCUCUUUUCCUUACUAAAUAUAGUGAUUAUUCUAAAUUAUGUGUUUGAAGGCUGUAUGAAUCCUUUCUAAAAUUGGUGGAAACCUCUUCUAACACUUCUAUAUACAUCUACAAUAGAGAAUAAAGCUUAUGCUGAAACUGCAA